UGCGCUGCAGGACCACGUGGUGCUGGCGGUGCGUCAACAGUACGUUGCCAUCGGUGACCAGGUGCUCGUGUCCCUGGUGGACGGGGACGAGGUGGCAGUGGUGCCGCCUCUCAGCGGAGGAUAGAACACGAGGCAGACGAAAUGUCAGAGGAGCAGAGCGACGUCCUGAAGCUGAGCCAUGAUUGGCUGUCAGUACAGGAAGUGGUGGAGGCCGUCAACAGCGCUUCCUGUGGAGCCGUUUCAGUGUUUAUAGGUACGACCCGUGAGGACGUGGUGGGCGGCGGCAGGAAGGUCAUCGCUCUGGUGUAUGAGGCGUACGAGGCGAUGGCUCAGUCCGAGUUCUCUAAAGUGUGCGCUGACAUCAGGGAGCGAUGGCCGUCUGUGACGCACAUCUGUGCUCACCACAGACUGGGGUGUGUGAAAGUAGGCGAGGCCAGCGUUGUCAUGGCGAUCUCCUCUCCUCAUCGCCAUGACGGCCAGCAGGCGAUCCAGCACUGCAUCGAGCAGCUGAAGGCCAACGUCCCCAUCUGGAAGAAGGAAGUUUACGAUACAGAGGAAGUGAGCUGGAAGGAGAACUCUGAGUGUCCGUGGUCCAGUCACAGAAAAACUCCCCGAGGAAACAUCAGUGCGGACGUUUCACAAUCAGCUGCUGCAAAUAAAGUGUAGACUUUCUGAUAAAGGUUA